AUGCCUCCAAAUCGCCCAAACUUCCAGCAAUAUAGGCAGCCAUAUCCUUCUAAACAACAACAGGGCCAAACUUCUAAUUCAGGUAUACCUUUAGAAGAUAUUGUUAAGUCUUUUGCCACUAACACUUUGCAAUUUCAACAUGAGAUAAGGGCAAGUAUUAAAAGUUUGGAGAAUCAGAUGGGUCAAAUGGGCAGCCCCACAUCAUUGGAGCAGGAAAACAAGAAACAUGCCACUGAAGAAAACAUUGUUCCCAAUGAUGAUGGAGCACUUAAAACUUUAGCAGAAUCUAGGAAAGAUGAACCAAAUGUUGAACUUUAUGAAACUUUCCGUAAAUGUGAGGUAAACAUUCCAUUGUUAGAUGCUAUUAAACAAGUACCUCGUUAUACUAAGUUCUUGAAGGACUUGUGUACCAUUAAAAGAAAACAGAAACUUAAAAGGUGUGAAAAGAUAAAUAUAGGUGAAAAUGUCUCUGUAAUCAUUCAACAAAUACUCCCUACAAAGUGCAAAGAUCCAGGCAUGUUUACCAUCCCUUGCAUGAUAGGUAACACUAGGUUUGAAAAGGCCAUGUUAGACUCAGGAGCUUCUAUUAAUGUCAUGCCAUACUCUAUCUAUGCUUUUUUAAAACUUGGUCCUUUGAAUGAAACUAGUGUGGUAAUUCAAUUAGCUGAUAAAUCUAAUGCCUAUUCUAAGGGUAUAGUUGAGGAUGUUCUCAUGAAAAGUAAUGAUUUGUGGCAUGGCAUGCUUACUAUGGAAUUUGACGAUAAACUCAGUGAAUUUAAUAUUUAUGAUGCCAUGAAACAUCCUGACGAAACUAACCCCGUUUAUUCUAUUAAAGUGAUUAAUCAUUUAGAACAGAAAGUUUUAGAACCUGAUGAAAAAAAUGCAAUGAAAGUUGCCAUUGAUAAGCAUAUUGAGGAGGUGGAUCAAGAGAUACCCUCGAAUACUACCUUGCAGGAAACCAUUGUAGCAUUGAAUGCUUCUCCAAAGUCAUCAAAGUUAGGUAAAAAUUCGCAUAAUGUUUUGUCAGUUUCUAAUAAGAGACCUUUCUACAUAGGUUUCCAAAUGGAGGCGGUGAGAACAUGGGGCCUUGGAAACCCAAUUGAUGCCGGUUGA